AUGCGGAUGAGGGAGAGAUUCGCCUCGAAACCAGCAAGGGGGGAAAAGAAGCGAAAACAGCAUGAGAAGCAGCCCGCAGUUUCAGCAGAAAGGAACGACAUGCAGUUCGACCUGGUCAUCGCCCCUGAGUACUGCAUUCGAUUGAAUUAUAGGAUCUUCGGAUUCUUCCCAUUCUCACUCACCCCUGAAUUUCCCAUUCGGAUCCCGUUAUUGAUCUACUCCUUUCUCCUGAUUGCUGCAUACAUUCUGACACUAUACUGCCACAAUGCACCGAUUCUAUCCAAGAUGGGAGCCACUUUAUCUGUUGCAGACUUCAAGUCUGUUCUCAAUUUGGUCCGAUUCAACGUUCAGAUCGUCACAAUUGUCAUGGUCUUCUCCUCGUUCAUUUUGUUCUUCAAGUUUUUGAAUUUUCGUCAAUUGGUUCGAAACGGAACCAUUCACUUUACGACUGAAGAACAUCGACGCAUCCGAUCUAGGGUGUAUGCUGCGGGACUCGUCGCGCCUUCUCUUUGCGUCUUUAUCUUGGGGCAAGGGUUAGCAAUGCUCGUAAGGGGUGGAGUAGAACUUGAUAUAACUAUGGUCCUGGGCAUAAUCCUGUCACUCACGCUACCGAGCCUGGAAGAGGGCAUUUUCAGCUCCAUCAUGGUUGCAAUCAGCGCCGGAUUCGAUUGUUUGAAUUUGAAGGGGAGCCAGUUGACCGACGGCAAGGAGGCGUGCAGCUCCGUCCAAGACUUGAGGCGUCGUCACGGUCGGCUCUCGGAUGUCCUGGAUCUCACCAGUCGUCUCUUCUCCGAGAUCUUGCUCUUAAGGGCUCUGACGACGUUUCUGGAGUGA